AUGACCGACGACAUCGAUUCCAGCUUCCAAGCUGCCAUCGACGCAGGAACAAUCAAUGGCGCCGUAAUCUGCGCGACCGAUGCCGAAGCCCACUUUGUCUAUGACAAGGCCUUCGGCGAGCGCACUCUUCUGACCGGGGAGAAACGGCCCCAGCAGCUGGACGAUGUCCUAUUCCUAGCCUCCGCGACCAAACUGGUGGCUACCAUUGCCGCGCUGCAGUGCGUUGAGGACGGCCUCUUAACUCUAGACGGCGACCUCUCGGCUAUCGCGCCCGAACUCGCUGCUAAAGAGGUCAUCACCGGCUUCUCAGAAGACGGCGAAACACCCCUUCUCGAGCCCGCACUGCGCCCCAUCACACUGGAAAUGCUUCUUUCGCACAGCUCGGGGCUAACCUACCACUUCAUGAACCCGCACGUCGCCCAAUGGCGUGAGAAAUUUUCCGCCCCCGACGAAGACGGGGUUCGAUCUGUCGAAGAGCUCUUCAGCUACCCGCUCGCCUUCCAACCCGGAGAAGGCUGGAUGUAUGGCCCAGGCCUCGACUGGGCUGGCCGCAUCGUGGAGCGGCUAACGGGUACCUCGCUCGGCGAGCGCAUGCAGCGGCGCAUAUUUGAUCCGCUCGGUAUCAAAGACGGACAAUUCUUCCCGGUUACCCGUGAAGAUCUACGAGCUCGCAUGGUCGAUCUUAACCCAGAUGACCCGGAGGGCCUAGGUAGCGCUGUGCUCGGAGGCAGUGGCGAUAUGAACAAACGCACGCGCGGAGACUUUGGCGGCCACGGUCUCUUCUUGCCCGGAAACGACUAUAUCAAAAUUUUGCGCUCGCUCCUGGCAAAUGAUGGGACACUGCUUAAGCCUGCUACUGUCGACAACAUGUUCCAGCAUCACCUCGGCCCUCAAGCGACUGCUAGCCACCAGGCUGCCCUGGCUAGUCCGAUGGGUGUUUUCUUCCGUGUCGGUAUUGAACCCGAUAUGAAGGCUGGACAUGGAUUGGGUGGUCUGCUUUUGUGCCAGGACGUGGAUGGCUGGUACGGAGACCGAACACUAACCUGGGGUGGCGGCCUCACGUUUGCGUGGUUUAUCGAUCGUAAGAAUGACCUCUGUGGUGUCGGUGCCGUUCAGGCCGCGGUGCCCACUGAUAAUGCCGUAGUCUCUAGCUUGAAGCAAGUGUUCCGUCGUGACAUCUACCGCAAGCGUGCCGCGUGGAAGGGGCAGCAGUAG